AUGACCACAACAGCUCUGUCCAUUCAUGUCGCUCGAUUUGCCUCGCAAAUUCCACUUCACUCGCGCUUUGCCCCUCGUUUAUUUGCUAGAAGGUGCCCUCAGUCGCUCAGUCGUCGCAUUAGGCCGCGUUUCCACUUGGACCGCGCUUUGUCCGGCUCUCCUUACCUCUCCCGACGUCGCGGGUUUUGUGCUCUGGCCUCUGCUUAUGAAGGUUUAAAUAAUCAGAGGGAUGCGUCAGAUGAUAAAUAUGAUGUGAUUGUUGUUGGCGGUGGGCAUGCAGGAUGUGAAGCUGCCCUUGCAUCUGCUCGUCUUGGAGCAAAGACACUUCUUCUCACACUUAACAUUGAUCGCAUUGCAUGGCAGCCCUGCAAUCCUGCUGUCGGUGGGCCUGCGAAGUCUCAACUUGUACAUGAAGUGGACGCACUUGGUGGUGAAAUUGGAAAAGUAGCCGAUAGAUGCUACUUGCAGAAGAGAGUUUUAAAUGUCUCACGAGGCCCUGCUGUCAGGGCAUUGCGAGCUCAGACUGAUAAAAGGGAAUAUGCAUUAGAAAUGAAGAAAAUUGUUGAAAGGCAAGUUAUUUAUUCAUGUACUAAAACUUUUCAUUUUACACCUAACUUGUCAAUUAGAGAAGCUAUGGUUACGGAUAUUUUGGUUGGCAAGAAUGACAAUGUGGAAGGAGUUCAUACAUUCUUUGGCAUGAAGUUCUAUGCACCUUCUGUAGUUCUGACUACCGGCACCUUCAUGAGUGGGAAAAUUUGGGUUGGCAAAACCUCUAUGCCUGCUGGAAGAGCUGGUGAAUCAGCUUCACAUGGCCUCACCGAAAAUUUGCAGCAGUUUGGAUUUGAGACAGACCGGCUGAAAACAGGAACCCCGGCUCGCGUAGAUUGUCGUACAGUAGAGUUCUCUGGAUUAGAGCCUCAACAUGGAGAUGAAGAGAUAGGCUGGUUUAGCUAUGAUCCUGAGUACCAUAUUGAGAGAGAACAAAUGUGCUGCUAUCUCACACGUACUACAAAGAAGACUCAUCAGUUAAUCAAAGACAACUUGCAUGAGACCCCUACUUAUGGAGGAUGGGUAGAAUCUAAGGGACCUCGGUACUGCCCCUCCAUUGAGGACAAGAUUGUUAGAUUUCAAGAGAAAGAGUCGCAUCAAAUAUUUCUGGAACCCGAGGGCCGCACAGUGCCAGAACUCUAUGUGCAGGGAUUCUCAACGGGCUUACCGGAGAAGCUCCAGCUGCCACUCUUGAGAACUUUACCUGGACUAGAGAAUUGUUCAAUGCUUAGGCCUGCAUAUGCUGUGGAGUAUGAUUACCUUCCAGCACAUCAGUGUUUUAGGUCGCUUAUGACGAAGAAAAUUGAAGGAUUGUUUUUCUCUGGUCAAAUUAACGGAACAACUGGCUACGAAGAAGCUGCUGCUCAGGGCAUUCUUUCUGGAAUAAAUGCUGCUAGAUAUUCAGAUGGUAAAUCCUUAAUUGUUUUGGAGAGGGAAAGCAGUUAUAUCGGGACUUUGAUUGAUGAUCUGGUAACGAAGGACCUCAGGGAGCCUUAUCGGAUGUUAACAAGCCGCUCUGAACACCGGCUGCUCUUACGAUCCGAUAAUGCCGACAGCCGUCUCACACCACUAGGACGUGAAAUUGGCUUGAUAAAUGAUGUCCGCUGGAAAAUCUAUCAAGACAAGCAAGCGAGGAUUUUAGAAGAGAAAAUGCGACUGAAGACAGUCAGGGUGUCAGGAGGUGAUCUAGCUUCUGAAGUUAGUGAGGUUUCUCGUCAGCCGGUCAAGGAAUCAUCUACACUAGAAAGCCUCCUUAAGAAGCCACACGUGCAGUAUAAAAUAUUUGACAAGCAUGGAUAUGGCAAUCCUCUACUAUCUCGGGUGGACAAGGAAUGUGUAGAGAUAGAUAUUAAGUAUGAGGGAUUUAUUGUGCGACAGCAAAAUCAACUCCGGCAGAUGGCUCAUCAACAGCACAAAAGACUUGCCGAUGACCUUGAUUACUAUUCCAUGAAAACUUUAUCGCAUGAAGCACGUGAAAAGCUGUCUAAGGUCAGACCACAAACUAUAGGACAAGCGAGUCGAGUUGGUGGAGUUAGUCCUGCUGAUAUUACGGCCCUCCUAAUCAUCCUAGAAUCCAACAGAAGGAAAACACAGCAACUUAGGCAGCAUCAAAUUCAAAUGCCAGCCUCUGUGAAUGAGGCUGAUGACGAGUCAGGGAACCCAAUUAAAGAGGCAGUCGGUGUUUAA